AACAGAGCCAGAGUCCACAGGCACCCAGACCACCAGCCUGGGGACACAGCCAACACAGCCAGAGUCCAUGGGCACCCAGACCACCAGCCUGGGGACACAGCCAACACAGCCAGAGUCCAUGGGCACCCAGACCACCAGCCUGGGGACAGAGCCGGAGUCCACCGUCACUCAGACCAGCACCUCGGGGGAGCGGCUCAGCGCACAGCUUGACCGGGCUGGCCCCCUGGCAGCAGGGGCUCUCUUGCCAACAGCCGAGGGAUUUGAGAUCCCACUUGGUGCUGAUCCCAGGGCCACAUCCCAGGUGCAAGAGCUAGCCUUGCCCUCGGGCUCCGGCAGUGUCUACUACAAUGCUUACAAGUGCUACAUGGAGACGGUGGAGGCUCUCAAGCAGAUUGGGCAGCUCAGACACCUCUAUGAUGCCCUGAAGGAGCAGGUGGCCCAGCUGCAAGCCGCCAGGCUGGAGCCGACUGAACUGGAGAAGCUGCGCCUGCUCCUCCAGGAGGGAGGCCAGGAGAGCGCUGCCAACAUGCUGGGUGACCUCCAGGCCCAGGUGUCAUCCCUGCAGGGCUUGUCCAGGGAGCUGCAGGGCUUGUCCAGGGAGCUGCAGGGCUUGUCCAGGGAGCUGCAGGGAGAGAAGGGGAAGAUCAGGAAGCUGGAGAGUGCCCUUGGCAAACUGGAGGCAGCCAGAGCCAGCUGGCAAAUGGAUCUGAGCGACCGACGCAGCCUGCCAUUGGGGUCCACAGCGCAGGAGGUGAAUCGGGACAUGAAGGAUCUGUCAGAGCAGCAGCAAACAAGCAAGGCUGCACUGGAUCAAUUGGUGAGGCAGACGGCCAAGGAGGAGCAGGAGCAGGGGCAGCUGGAAGAGAUGAGAGUGAUGGAGAGCAUGGGGCAGAAGGAGGGAGUAUGCCCCAUGUGCAGCAGUGACGGCGGCACACGUUUUGGGGAGCUUGUGCGGAGCUAUGAGAAGCUGCAGGGGCUGGUGGACUCCCUCAUGUCGAGGAAGAAGAUGGGCAAGCUGGUGAGGCAGCUGCCAGGGAAGAGCCAGGACCAGGAGGUGCUGAAGCGCAUCCAGGAUGCCAUCCUGCAGAUGCAAGGAGAGCAUGAAGAGUUCAAGUCUGUCAUGAGGAGCCUCUGGGUUGACAGUCGCCAGCAGCAGGAGAAGAUUGAGGGUCUGUUCCAGUGCAUGGAGAGGCUGGAGAAAGAAAAGGCAGACAAGGGGGAUCUGGAGCUGGGAAUGGAUGAGAAAGCAGACAAAGGCGCCUUGGAAAGCAAAGUGAGCCGUGCCCAAUUCGAGGCGAGCCUGGAGCUGCUGAAGGAGAGAACCCAGGAGGUGCUGAGCCGGGUGACAGGCCAGGAGCAGGGGCUGCACGAGGUCCAGCAGCAGCUGCGGGAGGAGAUGGCCUCCAAGCUGGAUCGCCUGGAGCUGGGGCCAUUCCAGCAACAGCUGGAUGAACACUGGAAGAGCAGCCUCCAGCAGCUCAAGGAAAUGGCACCAGCCCUGGAAGCUGAGGAUGCAGCUGGUAUUAGGAAGCAGCUGCUGGUGGAUUUCCAGUGCCUGUCUUGCGACAGACAACUCAGCGUGCGGGUGCCUGGCUCGCCUAUCCCGUCCGUCCCACCCUUACCACCGCUGGUUCCUCACGUUGCUGGAAAAUCCCAGCCCGUUGUAAAGACAGAGCAAACCCACAGGGAGCGGAUGGCCUCAUGCAGGUACCCCCCUGUGCCACGGCAGAGUGGGGGCCAGCAUACCGUCACACACCCACUGCAGCGCAGCCUGCGCAACCCGCCUGUGCAGCCCAGCACCCCACAGGCACUCCAGCCAGCCAGCCUGCUCCCCAGCAAGCAGGACAAGAUAGAGCUGUUGGGGCAGGACAGCUGCAGGGCUGGCCCGUGCCCCUCAGCCCCAGGCACCACUGGCUCCCUGGAAGACGGGUCAGCCUCAUCCGCCAGCCCCCUUCUCCAGGGGCACCGGCCCCACCCGCCCCUCCAGCCCCGCAGGACGGAUGCGGUAACCUGGCAGCUGCGCAGGACUGGGGGUCAGCGGCUGAAUCCCGGUGCCCCGGCACCCCUGCAGAAGCGGAUGCGUGUGGGGGUGUCCCCACAGUCCUGCAGAGGAGUGUGCUGUGAGGUGCCAGAGUGGACAGGAAGGGAACGGGAGGUGCGAGGAUGGAGCUGCCACCACUGGCAGCGGCCGGGGCUGUGCAGAUGGAGGAAGAUGAGGUCCCCAGCACCAGUGGGGAAGGUACGUCCCUGGGCACAGCCAUUGCCCAGGGCUCCUCGGGUACCAGCCGCACAUGGGCAGCGUCUGCGACCACAGCAUGGGUGGUUUCUGGGCAAGCCAAUCCCAGCCCCAGCAGCCUUCUUGACAGCAGCCAGCCCAGACGUGGGAGCGCGCCCCUGCUGGGAGGUUCAUCCAGCCCUGCCUCUUCGACGCAGGCAAGAUCCAGGACCCAUGGAACUCUCAAGCGGCUAAAGGCAGGCAUCCAUCAUUCCCAUCAGUAAAUGGCAGUGCUGCUGGCCCACCACCUGCGGGGCUCCUGGUCCAGAGCAGCCCCAAGGCGGGACCGGAGUGAUGGGAUUAGGCCCCUUCUCUGCCACCAGCAAGAAACCGUGCUGGGUGGCAGCGCCCAGGGCGGCAUGGGGUGAACCAAACUCUUGCUAGGGGAAGAGUUCCACCCCCAGGGCUGGAUGAACGUCUCUGUAUCUCUGCAGCCUUUCCUUCCUGGCUUUGUUUUGCCAUGUUUCCUAGGGUGCAAACCCUUGCUCCAGCCCUGGCAGUCCCCCUGCUCCCUUCUCUUCCCCUCUCUGCUGGUGCCCCUCCCCAUGUUUGGGUGCUCUGGAGCCAGCUGGGGAGUCCAGAGCGGAUGGGGAUCCUCCCCACAUCCAAACUGUUUUCCAUCUGUGGCUCAUCCCCACCCGUUUGGGGUUUACCAGCUCCCAGGAGCUGCGGUGCUGUGUCCCCUGGGGCUGUUCAGUGGCAGAGGGGCAGAGGCUGCCAGAGCCAGGGGUCACCCGGGAGCUGCUCCCCCUGCCCACAGGGUGCCCCCCACCCUCAGGAGGGCUUUGCUGCCGGCUCCUUUACCCUCUGACCCUUGUGAGUGUGUCGGGUGGAGUCUGAAUUUACAGACAAACCACAAAUACUUCAAUGUUCUUUCAUGGAAUAACACUUUGGGUUUACAGCUGAGCUGUUCCAGCAGCUCCUCGCUUCUAAAUGGUGAUGGACGUGGGGGUGACUCACCCUGUCCUUUUUGGGUUUUGUUCUUCCCCAAGGAGGAGGAGUGCUCUGACACCGAGUGGCCUUUUGGGCCAGCAGCAGCAAAACGUCCGCGGCUGUGAAGAUCCGUUGGAGAUUUUAUUGUUCUAUGUUUGUUCUUCACCUGUUCUAAUAUUGUUCUUUUGUUGUUCAACUGUAGUUGUUUUGUUGUUUUAUUGUUAUUUAUAUUUAUUGGGGGUUUGUUACACUUUUUUUCUACCCCUGUUGUUGUAACAAUUAAAGACGUUUUUACCAUAAUUUUACAACCAUUUUACUAUUUUUAACUGUCAAUAUGUAAUUCCCACCCCCCACCGCACCCCCCAUCCCCUUUUUAUGUCCCCACUUCAA